CCCUCGACUCCAAUAAUGCCAGGAGGCACGCCUGGGACUCCAUCCUCUAAAACCAAGGACAAGAUAAUGAUGAGAACAAAGGUGGUAGUGGCUCUGUACCCUUUUCGAGCGAUCGAGGGCGGCGACCUGUCCCUCGAAAAGGGUGCAGAGUACGAGGUACUGGACGACUCUCAGGAACAUUGGUGGAAAGUCAAAGACGAGCAUGGAUCCAUCGGUUACAUUCCCAGCAACUACGUGAAGGAGAAAGAACUUCUAGGUCUUCAAAAGUACGAGUGGUACGUGGGUGAUAUGUCCAGACAACGCGCAGAAUCAUUGCUCAAACAGGAGGAUAAAGAAGGAUGCUUCGUUAUUCGUAAUUCAUCUACCAAAGGGCUGUACACGCUUUCACUCUACACUAAAGUUCCACAUCCUCAUGUGAAACACUAUCACAUCAAACAGAACACCAGAGGAGAGUUUUAUCUGUCUGAGAAACAUUGCUGUGGCUCGAUACCAGACUUGGUGAACUAUCACAGGCACAACAGCGGCGGAUUGGCUAGCAGAUUGAAGACCAGCCCUUGUGAUCGCCCUGUACCACCAACUGCUGGACUCAGUCAUGACAAGUGGGAGAUUGAUCCAGCAGAGCUGCAUUUGUUAGAAGAACUUGGCUCUGGAAUGUUUGGAGUGGUACGAAGAGGAAAAUGGUGUGGUUCUAUAGACGUUGCUGUGAAAAUGAUGAAGGAAGGCACUAUGUCUGAGGAUGAUUUUAUUGAAGAAGCUAAAGUGAUGACAAAACUUCAGCAUCAGAACUUGGUCCAGCUAUAUGGCGUUUGCAGUAAGGACAGACCAAUAUACAUUGUCACUGAGUACAUGCGACAUGGAUCUCUGCUCAACUACCUCCGUCGUCAUGAAGCAACACUAGGAGCAAAUGUUGGUCUUCUUCUAGACAUGUGUAUACAGGUUUGCAAGGGAAUGGCUUAUCUGGAAAGGCAUAACUACAUCCACAGAGAUCUUGCUGCGCGCAAUUGUCUAGUGGGCUCAGAAAACGUAGUAAAAGUUGCAGACUUUGGAUUGGCAAGGUAUGUACUAGAUGACCAGUACACUAGUAGUGGAGGUACCAAAUUUCCAAUCAAGUGGGCGCCACCAGAAGUGCUCAACUACACCCGCUUCAGCUCCAAAUCAGACGUCUGGGCCUACGGUGUGUUAAUGUGGGAAGUAUUCACAUGCGGAAAGAUGCCUUAUGGACGUCUAAAGAACACCGAGGUUGUCGAUAGAGUAGAACGAGGAAUGAGAUUGGAAAGACCUAAGGCCUGUUUCAAGGAAGUUUACGAGGUUAUGCGAAAAUGUUGGGCCCACUGCCCCGAAGAACGACCAUCCUUCCGCGUAUUGAAGGAGCAGCUAAUCAGCGUAUCUCAAGGUCUGCUCAAUGAUUGACUCAACCUUCUAAGGUGUAUGCGCCUAUCGUCGCCAUCGAGCCGGUCAAUACAGGCGGCGAAAUCACCAUCACUCGAGCGAUCACCCUCUAUAUUACCAUCCUCGAACUCGUCGUCUUCGUACAACUCGGCAACAUUACCGUCGUCUCGUAAAACACGUGCACCAGCCUCUCUACCGCCGUCGAUCGAUUUUCUACAUCUCUCGUCAUCCACGUGUAAAUUGAAGAAAGAAGGCUCAUCCUCGCCGAGGUCAUCCACGUGUAAAUUGAAGAAAGAAGGGUCAUCCUCACCGAGUACACCCGGCCACCAACCUAGUCAACCGUCAUCGAGCUCGUCGAACGUCUGUGACAUUUGCAGUUCCUACGGACACCCGUGGAUUGAAAUUUGCAAGGCGAUGCGAGCCACUAAAGGCAAAUAAUGUGUGUGUGUCCCCCGAAGUAUGUGUGUCGAUUUCUCAACGAUUGUAUUAAGGCAGCUUACGAAACAAAAAACGGCAGAAAAGAAGCGAACAAAGAAAAAAGAAAAAAAAACACGAGCAAAAAAGGAACAUAAGAAACAAUAUUAAAUACGACAUUAUUUGAGCCUGCAGCACCGCAACCCUACCCCCACCCCGACUACCCCACUGUAUCCCCACUCUUUCUCUGUCUCUAAAUCCCCCCCACUCCACUCGAAUUUUUCCAAAAAAAACAUCCUGAAACUUUGCUAUAGAUAUUUUAGACGUUGUUUUUUCGAUUGUCGAAACGAACACAAUCCGAGUGCGUGAUAUUAUUAUGUAUUUCUCGGAUAUAAUAGUUUCUUCACCCCAUCCCACCCACCUCCUCCUCCUCCUUUAUCCCUAAGUACCAUCCUAACCCAGC